GAACGCAAAGCACCUCCUCACGAUGGAACGUAGCCACAUAAUUCCGACCAAUGAUAGUUUGGACGAAUUGCUGAAGGGUGGCCUGUACCCAGGACAGUUGUGUGAGUUGUGCGGACCCUCAUCCUCCGGGAAAACUCAAUUAUGUUUGACGGUAGCAGCUAACGUUGCUGGCCGGUCGGACGUCGUUGUAUGGUAUAUCGACACGAAAAAAGAUUUCUCCAGGUUGCGAUACGAGGAGAUCAUGAGGGCGAGGAAUUUUACACAAAAAAUUAUAGAAGAUUCAUUGCGCAGGACAAAGGUUUGUCGAGUGCGUUCCUCCCGUGAAUUGAUACGAGCCCUGCAACAAUUGGUAACUCUUUGCAAACAGGAGCGGAAUGGUGCGUCUUUCGCAGGGAAAAAGGCUCUUCUUGUGAUAAUCGAUUCCUUACCAGCAGUUAUCUUCAAGGUAACGCGAUACGCACAACAAAGUGAUUUCGAGACGACUUAUGAGCUCGACGAUUUAGCCGAGGUAUGUCGAUUCCUCACAAAGGAAUACCAGGCAGUCGUAAUUACUGUGAAUUCAGUUACUCGAUGGGAGCAAACAGACCCCGCCAACAUAACACCGGCGUUAGGAAAAUAUUGGGCGAGGAUACCAGCCACGAGAUUGCUGAUAGCAAGGCGACAUGGUGAAACUCGGAGGAUUAACAUUUGGAAGGAUCUGAGAUUAAUCGAGAAUUCGUUCUGCACUGUAACUAUAAACGAUAUCGGAGUCACUUCAUAAUAAGCUAUAGUAAAUCAAUAUUUACAUAUAUGAUUGAUCGUUAUUAAGUUACAAAACAUUAUUUCUUAAAUUGUGAUAUUCGAUGUUUCUUUCGAUGUUAUUUUUUAUAAUAAAUAUUUUUUUAAUCUUA